AUGAACAGCAAUGAUUUCUGGCUAAAAGAACCCUUCAAACUAUGGGAAGAUUGGUGUAGAAAGAAUGAACCGCCACUGAUUCGAAGAACGGAUAAGGACCAAAAACACGGCUGGCACUACGAGCUCCAAGAAAAGAUUGAAAACGAUGGCCAGACUAAACUGAAAUUCAAACUGCAUAAAGAGUGCAGAUCCGAGUUCGAGGAUCUGAAGAUGUUCGAAGAGUGUUCUGAAAAUGUUCUUGGAGAGUGGAAAGGCAAAGAUGUGAAGAAGCUAAAAAAUCAGUUUGGCGAAAAAAUUCUCAUCCAUCUGCGAGAACAGGACGCGUUGAUGGACAUAGUCUUACCAAGCAGUAAAUAUGAUUUGGAUCGAGGGGAUGCGAAAAGAGAAGUGGAUAAAUUCCUUAAAGAUAAGAAGCUUGUUGAGAAAGAACACUAUGAAAUCGGCUCGGAAAUGACGUCGAGAGAGGGUUGUCAAAUUCAUCGGUACUAUUACAAGUUCAAAGAUACGAGUAAAGUUAAAUUUGGCUGUUUAAGGGGAAAAGUAUUGAUGGCUUAUUCUCCAGAAAAACGUCAAGCCGCUAAGAAUUGCGCCCAGCUGAUUUUAGACGCAAUCGACCAAGAGCGUAAAAAUCGUGAUUCAAAGAAUAAACAAGCUGAAGUUACUGACAAUAAGAACUCAAAGCCGGAGUUUGACGAGAUUCUCUUCUGCCACGGCGUCAGAAACAGAUGCAAUCGUUUCAUAGAAAUCAGAGACGGUGAAUUCGAGGAUUUGAAAACAGACGAAGCGGAAUCAAGGAAUUAUGUGCCGAAACCGAUAGAUAAGCUGAAGGAAAUCCAGAACAGAAAGGAUGUCGAGUUCUCGUACGUCAUUUUGUGGCCCAAAUUAAAGCGCAAAAAUGAAAUCAAGCUGCCAGAAAGUGAGGACGAAGAAAAGCAAAAACAGUCCUUCGAUCUUUCAGAAAAUCAGCCAAAUAUCAAUCGUCCUUACAGUCGUUCUGUGUAUCAGUGCAUUUUGAAGACUUUUACUCGGCCUCCUAUCACUGUCAUCGGCAGAGGACGAUCUCAAGAUGAUGCUGAAAAUGACGCUGCGAAGAAAUGCCUGUAUCACUUGCACAUUCAAACCCGCCCUGAGCUCAACUGGGCAGGGUUGCCUCUCACAAAAUUGAAAGAAAAUCAAGAAGUCGGUAGAAAAGAGAGCUCCUGA